AUGAUCUUACUUGAACCCCACAACGUCAUUAUCCAGACAACUCUUUCGGAAAAGCUCAUAAAGCCAUCGUCACUCGACGUACAAUUCGUGGAUUAUGAUGGCGUGCGGUUCCAUCUCACAACACCAGAACGCAAGACUAGCCUUCUUCUCUCCAUGCACAUUCGUUGCUGGGACGAAUUGGUCAGAUAUGGCGCGAUGGAUGUGUUGAAACGGGAGUAUGGAGCUCUCUUGGCGGCUCAAGCAGAACCGGAGUAUAACGUCAGUUUGGAGAUCGAUUUAGAACAAGUACCUGCAGAUCCUGGCGCUCGCGACGACUUUGUGAUGUCCAUUGCGCUGUUCAAGCGCAAUGCAUUGGCCGCACCCUUUGAACUCGCAUUCAAGACCCAGAAAGAGUUGGAAGCCUCAGGAGCAGGUCGCGGAGAAUUGAUGCAGAUCCACUAUCGAGACGAAGAGGCCAUAUACGUUCAAGCUGCGCAUGAUCGCGUCACGGUCAUCUUUUCAACUGUUUUCCAAGAGGAAACCGAUAGAAUCUUUGGGAGAGUAUUCCUCCAGGAAUUUGUCGAUGCACGCCGCUCGCCUUCAAUAAACGCACCUCAAGUGCUGUAUUCAAAUCGCGAUCCACCACUCGAGAUCCGUGACGUUCCUGGUUUGCGAAAUACUGAAGAUAUCGGCUAUGUGACGUUCGUUGUCUCCCCGCGUCAUUUCACCAAUCCCGAGAGGGCUUCUGCAACAAUCUCUCACAUUCAACUCUUCCGAGAUUAUCUGCACUAUCACAUCAAAUGCUCCAAAGCGUACAUGCACUCCAGGAUGCGCCAUCGUGUGACGGAAUUCCAGAAGAUUUUGAACAGAGCCAAAACUGAGGUAGCAACCGUCGAAAGGAAGACGGCCAGUGGGAGAACUAUGACGUCUAGGUGA